GAAGCUUAGAAGAAACAACAACAACUAAAAACAACAACAACAACAACUCAUACAAAAAUGUCUGAGUCGCGUCGUCAGUCGGUCAGCUUAAUGGCCAUGCCGCCAGGCGUUCUAGUCAACGAUAGUCGGGCCAAUUCCACCGAUGACAUACAAAUCGCCCUGGCGCCUCAUAUCCAAACGUAUCUAAGUCAAACCGGACGACGGCAUUCCUGUUGCAGCGUCAUGCUGCCAGUGGCCUUUGAGCGGGCCGCUGCCAAAUCCUGGCUGGAUCCCAAAUUCGAUUCGGCAGUGCUGGAGGAGCAGUUCCAGGCGAGUGUAUUUCCGCAUGUUCGCAUGCGUUACAGAUUCACAUUAUCAUAUAUUUUACUAUGCUCUUUGGCCUGGUGUCUGUACUUUGUGAUCGAUGGCGGAUCUGAGGAUUUCUGGCGUCCCAUAUCCACGUCAUUCUCAAUGAUGUCGCUGGUUACCAUAAUGGCCAUGUGUUUCACCCAUUGGGAUUUGUAUAGACAACAUCGAACUCUGACCUCGGCAGUGACCGCUCUCCUAAUGUGCAGCGCAUCGCUUGCGUUUCUCACCUACACGGGCCGGGCGUUCAGUCCGCUGGGUCAUUUUGCCAUUUGCCUAGAGAUUAUUCUGCUCAUCUAUACGGCUCUGCCCAUGCCAUUGUGGUUGAGUGCCAGCAUUGCCAUCUGUUAUUCCAUAGCCUUUGAAUUGGUAUCCCACAUGGUUAUUGGCCAGAGUGCCAUCCAUGGCGGGGUGGGAGACAGCAGCGGCAGCAGCAGCACAAACACCGAUCCCAGCCAUAAAAUACUCAUGCUCCGGAUUAUGGCACAUCUGAGUGUCCAUUUGGUGGGAGUACAUGUCCUUGUGAUGAAUCUGGUACGAAUGCGUGGAACUUUCAUGAAGGUGGGCCAAAAUCUACUUGUGCGUCGGCAACUCGAAAUGGAAAAGCAACUCAAGGAGAAGAUGAUACACUCGGUGAUGCCACCCAAAGUGGCCGAUAUGCUGCUCAAUGAGGGCGGAAGUGCCGGCCUCGAUGCCGGCGGAAUGCCACCAGAAUCCCAUUAUAUGCGUCCACGCGCCUCGAACGAUGUGAAGAGCCUUUUUCGACCCUUUCACAUGCACAGCAUGGAGAAUGUUAGCAUCCUUUUUGCCGAUAUUGUGGGCUUCACUCGCAUGUCCUCCACCAAGACAGCCGAACAGCUGGUUGAGAUACUCAACGAUCUGUUCGAGCGAUUCGAUGAUCUCUGCUCGCUAAGCGGCUGCGAGAAGAUCUCCACUCUGGGCGAUUGCUAUUACUGUGUCUCCGGCUGCCCAGAGCCACGUGUCGAUCAUGCCAUCUGUUGUGUGGAAAUGGGUCUGGGCAUGAUCGAUGCCAUGCGCUGUUUCGAUGCCCAGCGCCAUGAGGGCGUCAAGAUGCGUGUGGGUGUCCACACGGGAACAGUUCUAUGCGGCAUUGUGGGCACGCGACGUGUCAAAUUCGAUGUAUGGAGCAACGAUGUCAGUUUGGCCAACAAAAUGGAAUCGUCGGGCAAACCAGAGCAAGUGCAUAUCUCGCAGGAGACGUCAAAUUUUCUGGGCGAUGCCUACUACCUGGAAGAGGGCGAAGAGGUUUUCGGUCAUCGCACUUAUUUUGUUGUGGGUCGUCGUCGGGACAACUCACGGGCCAAUAGCUUGAGUCCUAGCAUGCCAUUGAAUGGAGCCGGUGGUAGUACUCUCCUUUUGCCUGGUUCUCAUGCCGCUGGCGUUGGCGGUGCCGCUUCAUCUUCGUUGUCCCAGAGUGCGACGAAUAUUUCGGUGGUGCAGCCAAAUGUGCCGCCAGCUUCGCCAGUGGGUCAAUUGUCCAAUUCACUGAAUCCCUCGCCGGUGCUCUCGAUGCGACCGCGUCUCACAUCGCUGAGUAUGAAGCUGCGCAAGAAAUCGCAGAGUCGGGACAGGGAUCUGGAGCGGGGCAUUCAUCAUCCGGCAGUGGCGGGCAUACCCCCAGUUAUUGUGGUCCGUGAACGACCCAAAAUCAUAAUCACAACCAAAUCUCUGCCAGGCAGUUUGGACUCGGACGAGCAGCAACAGCAAUUGGCUGGUCUAUCGCCACCACUAACAUCAACAGCAGCGAAAAUCAAAUCACGAGUCUGGCGAGUGCCAAGAUUUCUAAAGCGAGGCUCCAGCCAUUCCGAGAAGAGCAGAGGAGAGGAGAGGGGAAAGAUGAAAUCGAAGAGCAAAGAAGAACAAAAUUAUCUUUUCCAUUCGCAUCUAAAUCAUCAUGCGGGCGAUGAGACAUUGGCCUUCAUUGAUCCCACAACGGGUGGAAUGGGCAUGGGCAAUGGCAAUGGCAAUGGCAAUGGCAAUGGAGUGGGCGUGGGCGUGGCUGGUGGCUAUCAGCAGCUGCCCGUAUUGGUGGAGAGCUCGGGCAGUAGUCGUCUUUUGGAUAUACCAAUGGCUAAGCCAGUUUUACAUCAUGCGGCCACAUCGACAGCUUUGGCCAGCAGUGUACUAAGAUCUCCAGAUGGCUUGGGAUUGGGUGGUGCUUCUGGUGGUGGUGGUGGUGGCUGCUGUUCACCUGGCCAGUACUCCAUGUACGAUGACAUCAUCGAUGUGCGCUCCUACAUUAGUCAAUCGCGUAGUGAUAUAUCCCCCUUUGGCCGUUCGGGCAGCUAUCGUUCUCAAUGUGGACGGCAGUCGACAAGUGGUGCUGGUGGAUCAGGAGGAGGAGCAGCAGCCACUAAUACUGAACAGUCACCAUUACCAAGACCACGAGCAUCUACAUUGACCACUGGUCGUCCUACAGGCAGUGGAACUGCAGCAGCAGCAGCAGGAGGAGGAGGAGAAGCUAGCACCAGUGCCAAUGCCAAUGCGAAUGCCAAUUGCUCAUCUUUGCCACCGCCGCCACAGCCAACACAUUCGCGCAAUUCGAGCAUUUGGCCAGACGGAUUAAGCAUCUGCCCGUCGGCCACUUCGCGCAAGGAUUCGGGCAUCAAGAGCAAUUCCCGUCGCUCGUCCAUACAACAGCAGAUCUAUGCCCUGAAUCAAUCGGCCAUCAGUCAGCAUCGUGUAUCGGGAUAUUUUACCAGUUCCACCUCUAGCAUUUCGAAUCUGGGCGAGAUUGGAGCAGGUGGCAUUGGCAUGGCGGUGGCUGGCAUCGGUGGUCACCAUUUGGUCCAGGCGCCGCCACCUCAACCAUUGAUGAUGAUGCCGCCGCCAUCAUCACAGAUGGCAGAUCCAUUGGCCGCCUGUCUGCAGCAAUUGCGCAAGCAAUCCGAUCUUCAGCUGAUCCGAUGUGUCCGGGACAAUGCCAAGUCGCAGCGUAGUUAUCUGGUCAAGCCGCCGUUGCGGCGUUUUAGUUUGUAUUUCAAGUCCCGCCAAUUGGAACGUGAUUUCCGGUCGAAGGCCCAUCGCUUUGGCACCGAGAACGAAACGGAAGGACCCCCCACAUUGGCCACGCCCCGCUAUAAUACCUACAUCGAUAUAUUUGUGGGCAUUGCUGUCUACCUAUGCAUCUCAAUAUCCUUGUUCCUGAUGACCCAGAACACAGUGACUCCCAGUUUUCGUCUGUGGGUCACACUCUUCUCCUGCUUCACGGGCAUUCAGGUGUUUGCUCUGUUUCUAUUCACCCGUCAGAUGUGCCGACGUCAUGGGAGCACAAUAAGAUUAAGAUCCAAGUCGGCAGCCAGUGAAUUAAUGCCAGAGACAACAUCAACGAAUCGACCAGAUGGAGCCACUGACUCUGGUGGCGAUGGAGGAGGAGGCGGGUUAGGCGGAGGAGGCGGCGGUGGAGUUGGCACUUCUUGUGCUGAUCGCAUCUUCGAGGCCAUAUCCAGUUGGUAUCCUUGGCACAUUUGUCUGGCCGUUCUAAUGGCCAUGCCAGUCCUUUUGAUCAUAGCCAACUUUCUAUUACUCGAUCUGGAGCAAUUGGAGGCAUUCGAAUAUCAUUAUGGUUUCCUCAUCUUUGUCUGCAUUGUGCACUUUUGCAAUUUCACCCAAUUGAACUGCUGGAUGCGUAAUGUGUUGGCCUUUCUGGCUGCCCUUUGUUUCAUUGGCAUUGCCGUCUCCCAGUUGACUGUCUAUUCGAGUCGCAAUGGCGGUCUGGAGGACGGAGAAGAUGAGGCCGAGUCGCAGGAGAGCAGCAGCAGCAGCAGCAGUAGCAGUUCGUUUAUUAAUGAGGAAAUGAAAUGGUUCCAUGACUAUCAUGUGGAAAUCUAUUUGGACUUACUAUUGAUCCUGGUUCUUGUUUGGUUCCUCAAUCGCGAAUUCGAAAUCGGCUAUCGAUUGACCUUCUAUGGCAAUGCGGUGGCCAAUCAGGAUAAGGUGCGUGUCCAAAAUAUGAAGAAUCAAGCGGAUAUGUUGCUACACAACAUCAUACCCAAGCAUGUGGCUGAGCACUUAAAGAAUACGGCAAAGUAUUCGGAGAAUCAUCACAAUAUCGCCAUCAUAUUCGCUUCGAUAGUGAAUUUCAAUGAGAUGUACGAUGAGAGCUAUCUGGGGGGCAAGGAAUUUCUGCGUGUCCUUAACGAACUGAUCGGCGAUUUUGACGAGUUACUCUCCCGUCCGGAAUUCCGUGCGGUGGAGAAAAUCAAGACGAUUGGUUCGACAUUUAUGGCAGCCAGUGGCUUGGAUCCUUCGCAUCGGGGCACAGGAAACGAGCAUAUACACACGCUGAUGGAAUUCUCGAUUGCCAUGCAAGAGGUGGUGGAUGCCUUCAAUAAGGAUUUGCUGGAAUUCAAUUUGAUAUUGCGCAUUGGCAUGAAUAUCGGCGAUGUGACAGCCGGAGUGAUUGGAACGAGUAAGCUGUACUAUGACAUCUGGGGCGAUGCCGUCAAUGUGGCCUCACGCAUGGACUCGACAGGAGUUCCCAAUAGAAUACAAGUGGGCAGUGAUUGCUUGCAGUUUCUCAAUGCCCACUACGAAUUCGAGCCGAGGGGCAAGGUAUACGUCAAGGGCAAGGAUCACAUGGAGGUGUUUCUCUACACCGGACGAAGGCAAAUCCAAUUGGAUGAUGGCAUUGAUGCUGUCGUAGAUAAUCCCAUAGCUGAGCAAGUUGUCAAUGGUGAAACGAAUGACACGACUAGCAUGAAGGAGAACAACGAAAGGAAUGAGGAUGACGAUGAGGAUGAGGAUGAAGGGGACUUACAAUCCAGCGAAACUACCACGCUCUUUAAGUCCCAGAACUCGUUGCAGGCAAACGGAAAUGUUCAAGACGAAGAAGAAACCAGAGACGGAACCAUUAACGUUAAUCCAACACAAAUGGAAACAUAAGCAACACUUGACUUGAAAUGGUUUCACAUACAAGAAAACAACAUCAACAACAGCAACAACAGCAACAACAACAACAACAAAAUGUAACUGCAUUUAACGCGCUUGGAUAAAACGGGAUAAAAUCUGCAAGGAUAAACUGUAUUUUUGUGAUAUGUAACUAAGGAAUAGGAUUUGAAUAGUAGCAAGUUUGUAUUUACAAUAGUUGUCGGAUAUAUAUAUAUGUAAGGGCAUAUAUUAAAUAUAUAUUU